AUAAUGGCUGAGCAGACGCAACAGGCUCAAAUGCUUGCACUGCUGGCUGCGCAGGCUGCGGCGCAGAACAACUUAUGCAAUUCGAUGCUUUUUCCGCAGUACAACUGGCCCGCCCCAGGACCCGCAGAUUUACUUUUCUGGAGCAGCUUGGCGCAGCUGUCGCAGGGCUCGGAUAACCAGCGACAACAGUCAAGUUCUCAACAAGAAUCUUUUGAAGAAGCACUUCGGAAGAUGGCAGUACCGAAUGACAUUUCUUCAUCACCUUCGAAAAGUAGUUUUUACACGAAAUCUGCCAGUUCCUCAUCUGCUAAAAAACAAAUUAAACAGAUACUAAACCCAAAAACAGGUACUUCUAACGGUGUCUCUAGAUCAUCCUUUCCAUUAGUUUCUGCUGCGUCCACUUCUGCAGCAACUAGUAGCAAGUCUUUGGAACCAGGCGAAAUACCGCGGAAGAAGGAUUCUCAGAAGAAUAGUAAUGGUCUUCCCACCACGGCGGGUGAAAAUUCGUUGGGUGUUCCAAUGAAUGCUGACGUACUUGAGGCUUCAGCUAGAUUUUGGGCACUCAUGAAUCAAAUGGCUGUUACACCGUCAACUUCUCAGCAACAGCAACAAACAGAAUUGCUGCUGGCAGCUUUACAGGGUGUCGCUAACUUAGAAAAUGCAGCGAAACAACAAACAAAAGCUCCUAAAAAAUCAGUGAACACAUCCGCUUCCGGUGCUCCUGCUCCAUCAGCUACGGCUAAGAUUUUUGCGAACUCUAACAAAAAACUCGAUUUCCGCCAAGCUCAGUCAUCUGGGGCUCAGGCUUCGAGUUCGGCUGUUCGGUCCUUAGAUUCCCCGCUAGAUCUUUCAAGCCAUAAAUUCAAAACGGAAGAACUUUCUAAUGAUGACAGAGCUAGCUCCAGUGGACGGACGAGCGUGGAUCUAGCAAAUAGCGAAUUUGAUCCAAGCAAACGGCGUACGCAUGCAGAUGCUUCACUUGUUCGCGUACCUCUUUCGUUAGGUUGGAGAAGGCAAACUUGCAUUCGUACGAUAAGUGCAACUGGAGUACGUGGUGACGUUAUCUAUUAUGCGCCAUGUGGCAAACGGUUGGGGUCUUAUGCGGAAGUUACCAGGUAUCUCAAUAAAAGGAACAUUACGACAAUCAACAGGGAGCACUUCAGUUUCAGUUGCAAAGUUAUCGUUGGGGAGUUUAUUUUGAUAAAACCGACCACAGAUGGGUCUGAAAAAGCUAUAACUAAAGUUACUGAGGAGGAAGUUCUUGCCGAAAUUGCUCGACUCUCAGGACAGAAUGGUCCUCGAAAAGCAGCAAAUAAUGCUGCUUUUUCAGGUUUAGUGGAGAGUGUGCCGAAAGUUAAUGGUCUUCCUAAGGGAGAAAAGAACCGUGAGGAAAAAAUUGAUGAAAAGACGCUGCAAGAGUUGCACUUGCAGUUACUCCAAGGUGAUCCAAUUUACACUCAGCUACUGCUGGGACUGGGUCAGCAGUUACAACAAAACGUCAUGAAAACCGAAAGCACUCAUUCAGCACUAGCUCCCAAAUCACAAACGCAUCCAGUAGUUGAGAAAAAGAAAAUAAAAGUAACAGUUCCGUUGUCAUUUAAAGUAAUUUCUAAUUUUUUCCAAAAAUUUUUUUUUUUGCAAAAAGUAGUUUUUAAGGUUGAACCAGUAGUUGCUACUCCUCCACCGCCAUCUCAGCCAGAACUAACAGAAGAAGAGAAAGCGAAGCUAAAGCAGGAAGAAGAGGAAAGGCUGAAGAAUUUGAGACAACCUAUAGAUGAUCUGCUCCUUGAGGAAGCUAGGAAAUUGCCACAGUUGGAUAGGAUUGAGCACCUUGACAUUACGGGUCCCGCUUUUGGAGAUAUACUGAUGGUUUACGAGUUCGUUCAUAAUUUUGCUCACGUGCUUAAGAUUGACCUUAAAACCGUACCGUCGCUUGAAAACCUUGUUGCUGGUCUUCAAAAUGAUCCGGCACACCUGAAGGGCUUUUUGCACCUCACAAAGAUCUUACUACAGUUAGCAUUAGAAUACCCUGGUUUACCAUCCGGAAUUGCCGGUCGGACGCCUCUAGGUCAGGCAUUGAAAGAUGUCGGCUUACACAGAGACAAUUACUCGGAAUUGAUGAGGAUGUUUUUGCUUUCUCGUGACGAGCCUGGCGAGAAGUUGGGUAAGAGGUUAGAGUCAACAUCGUUUGAAUGCUUGGACGCUGAAUCGAAAACUGCAAUACUGGCUUUCCUUUGUAAUGAGCUCCUUUACUGUCGCAAUGUUAUUCGUGAAAUAGAAGGAAAUAUGGAGGAAAUGACUCGCCUUAAGGGAGAGAAGUGGUUAAGAGAAGGUAAAAGUCGUGCACUUCGUGCUGUGCAAGCAAGAAAACGAGCUGAGAACCGUAGAAAGCAUAAGCAUGAUGGAGAUGAUGGUGAUGGCAGUAGAGCUGGAACUCCGGGCUCUACUCGAUCAGACGGAUCAGAUGAACCAGAGGCUCCUUUACCAGUUAUUCACAGAUUGAAAGCACUGACGCCAGGUUUAGGGCAAUGCGAUAUUUUAACUCCUGAGGAAGAAGCUAUGACGGUCGAUGAACUUGACGAGUACUGCGCUAAAUUAAAUUUGGAAGCUGAAGAGCUCCGUGAAAAACAUAAUUUACUUGCAGAUCGGGUCCGAAUACAACCUUGGGGGCAGGAUCGUUACCAUCGUUACUAUUGGUACAUUCCUCGUCUGAAAGUUCUCCUGGUUGAAAGUAUUGCCUCUGCUGGUCUGAACAACCCCGCAGUUAAUGUUGAUAUUACGUGCGCUGAUGACCCCCCAUCUGUAAAAGAAGAUCCUUACAACUAUGUUGAUCCAGAUGUUAUUGCCGCUGUUGAAAAUAUCCUUGAUGAGUUGUGCGUUGAGGAAGAAAAACCGGACAAGGCCAAGAAAGGUGAUUUUGCUUUCGUCUCACAUAUCGCUCGCUUGAGAAAGCUAGAUAACCGCCAGAAGCGUGGAUGGUGGAUAGUCGCGAACGAAAAGAAGUUUGAACAAGUAAAAGCCGCUUUGCAUGGCAGAGGAAUACGUGAGCGCUUACUUCAUCGUGUGCUGCUAAAAGAUAAUCGGGAGAGCAAAAACGUUGAGCCAUUGGUUUUUCACAGCGUAGAGGAACCUCUUGGGAAGGCAGAAAUUAAUGCGGCUGGUAUAGCUCGUUUGACCUCUUUGAUUGCAAACUUUGAGCAGAAGGUUAUUUCUGCGAACGUUCACUGCAGAGUAAGUGUCAGUAAAUACAUGGUUUUAAGUAUUUUUUGUUAUGUUGACACCGAUGUUGGUGGUUGUGGACAAGAUGAUGAUCUCGAAAACGAAGAGAGUCAAGAUUCUUGGUUAUGCGAUGACAAGUUCACACAAACAGAAUUCAAAGUGGAAGACCUUGAUUUAAAGGAUUUAAAGGAAUUUCGUUCAUUGAAGGAUCGCCUGUUAGAAAUUGAAAGAAGUAUUGAAAGACGUUAUUUUCUUCACAGAUAUCAUGCUGGAUCUCUGUUACCUGUUGAACGGGUUUUGGGCCAACAGACGGCGGAGAAUGGCUUAAACAAUGUUGCUGCUAGUGCUGGAGAAGGUGAUUUGAACCCUGUAACAACAAGAUCUAGGGAAACUAGUUUGACUGCUGACGGAAUUGAAUCAAGCACCAUGGCCAUAGAUGAAAGUGGAGAUACUGAGCUGCUGCAUCGUUGGAGAGCGUUUGUUGAUAAUGCAGUUACCUUGGGGCAGCUUAUGUUUGCUUUGCAGGCUUUGGACGCAGCGAUAGCAUGGGAAAAGUCAAUCAUGAAAGCUAGUUGCCAGAUUUGCAGGACAAGUGAAAAUGAGAGUCAACUGUUACUUUGCGACGCCUGUGACAUGGGAUACCACAUGUACUGUUUUAGGCCUCGCAUCAUAGCGAUACCAGAGGGUGAGUGGUAUUGUCCGCUUUGCAUACAAAGGGCGGCACAUAAGUCGGUUUGUAUGCUGUGUGCAAAUUAUUCACAGACAACUCCGAUUACUACGUGCUCAAAAUGUUAUAACGGUUACCAUGUGUCUUGCUUUGACAUGCCUCCUGCAGUUCCCGACCCUAAACAGUGGACCUGCCCCGGUUGCCUAAGUGCAGAUGGGUCCUCGUCAGAACUUCUAAACUGUUUAAUCAAUACUGACAUAGAGGGGUGUAAUAUGUUAGCAGAAUCUUCUGGGUCUAAAGAAAAUGGUAUUGGUGACAAAAACGAAAAGACCCCUGGCAAUCAUGCUAAAGAAGAUUCUCCUAGAAAAGUAGGUAAUAAAAGGAAAUUGCCGCCACCAGAUUAUGAUUUUCCGCCAGAUAUGAUGAACUUGCUUUUCAAGACUACAAUCGAUGAAAUGUGGUCGCAGCCGGAAGCGACACCUUUUCAUUACCCUGUUGAUCUUAAGGCAGUUCCGUUGUAUAAAAAGAUUAUCAAGCGCCCAAUUGAUCUGACAAUGAUUCGUAACAAUAUUGAAAGUCACAAGUAUCAAACUCAGGAAAGUUUCUUAGAGGACAUAGAAUUAAUGUUUACUAACUGUAAAACGUUCAAUGAAGACGAAUCAGAAAUUGGUAAAGCAGGCAUCAGUCUUCACAAGUUUUACACAAAGAGGUGGAAGCAGUUGCGAUAUAACUUUUCCAAAAGACUGAAAAGACUCAAAAAUCCUAGACUGACAACUCCUAUGCCGGGUGAGAAGAAAAGCUCCAACACUGUAGCAUAG